CCUGCCCGGCGGUGUGCAGGAAGUGCGGCUGCACCGCGCCGCUCCGCUCCGCCACUUUUCUCCCUUUCCGCGGAGCCGCGCCGCGCUCAUCGCUGCCGAUUGCGGGCCGUUCCUUCGCAGGGCCCCGGAGCUGAGCUGAAUUUCGGUCCUUUCGCACCGACCGGCGGCGUUGCGGCCCCGUGAGGAGCUCGAAGCGGGAGGGAAGCGCGGCCUCGACGCGCCCUGCCGGCACGGAGCGCUGGCCGCUUUCAGGUAUCGUCCCGACAAAGGAGCUCUCUGUGGACUUUGUAGCUGGGUAAAGAAUGCAGACCAUAAAGUGCGUAGUUGUUGGAGAUGGCGCUGUGGGAAAAACUUGCCUUCUCAUCAGCUAUACCACCAACGCCUUCCCAGAAGAGUACAUCCCCACUGUGUUUGACAACUACAGUGCCCAAAUGACUGUGGAUGGCCGGACGGUUAGCCUGAAUCUCUGGGACACUGCAGGCCAGGAGGAAUACGACCGUCUGCGCACGCUCUCGUAUCCUCAAACCAAUGUGUUUGUCAUCUGUUUCUCCAUUGGCAGCCCGUCUUCCUAUGCAAACGUGAGGCACAAGUGGCAUCCUGAAGUUUCUCACCACUGUCCCAAUGUUCCCAUUCUUUUAGUGGGCACGAAGAGAGACUUGAGAAACGACCUGGAAACAGUUAAAAAGUUAAAAGAGCAAAGCUUGGCUCCCACUACCCCACAACAGGGGACUUCACUGGCUAAACAAAUUGGAGCAGUCAAAUAUUUGGAGUGCUCAGCCUUGAAUCAGGAGGGUGUUCGGGAGGUGUUUGCUGAAGCUGUGCGUGCAGUUCUUUAUCCUGUGACAAAGAAGAACACAAGGAAAUGUGUCUUAUUGUAGUUACCUCGGCUGAUGGAUGCUCAAAGUUGAAUAGUGACUAGAAUUUUGGAGGGCUUUUUAACGUGUUAAAUUGAAGAUUUGCAUCUUGCACUAACAGCUCUAAGCAGAAACGGUUUAUGCAAAGAAUAUUCUUGCAGUCUUAUUGCUUCAGGGAAACUGAAACAAAACUUCUUUUUUUUUUUUUCCAGCGGAGAGGUCAAAUAUAUACUUAAUUUCUGAAGCUCCAGUCUCCAGCUUCUCCGGGGAUCACUUGGCUUCUGUUCUUACAUAGUGGAGGGAAACAAAGGAAGGGACUUCUCUGAAGCCCAACUUCUUUACUUUAUAGCUACCAGUUGCUAGAUUUGAUGGAAAGCACAAGUUCUGAUAACUUUGCUUUAAGUCUAGGUGCUGUUUUUCCCAUUUCUUAUUUACAGUUCAAACUGGUUUCACAAAUAGAAGUCUGGCUGUGCAUUUGUUGUAAUGUGCCAAUUCAGAGCUUGAAAACAAUUUGUUUACAUACAAAAAUGCCAGAAAUAUUACUGAGAUUCGCCUUGAAGUGAACUGUGAUCAUUUAUGUGAGGAGUUAACAGAGAUCUAAUCCAAUAAGCAAGACCUAGGCAACACCUGCAGGUAUUUUGUUAAUAGAAGCAAAUUCCUACUGUGAGGAACCUAGGAUAAUGAUGAAUCACUCAAAUGGGAGAUUUUAGUGCUGUUGAAAUGGAGAGCAGAUUAGGUGCAAGCCUUCCGUAAUCUCCUAAACCAAGUUAAGGUUUUAUUUCACUCUUCAAAGAGACUUUACACCCUGAGAAUGAAGUUAAAAUUAUCUUCCUGGGCUGACUGAGAUAGUUGAGAUGACACUUAUUCUCAAAGUGAGUUUUUUCAGUGUGAUCCUGCUCUCCCUUUGAUGGAGAGACUCUACCCGGAGACUCGGGUAGAAACCCAUUUGUUCUUUGAAGAGUUCAUUGUUUCACUUUAUCUUCUUGGAGUCACCACCUGACAUUUCAUAGCAAAUCCUUGUGUUCUUUUGUUUUUCUUUUUUUCCGGGAGAUCAUUGACAGAAAAUGUGGAGGUUCUGUUGACAGGGAACAGAAACGUGGGUUUCUUCUGACAGUUCCAGUUAAGUUUGCCAGGUUAGUCAGUCACUGGAUAGAUUUACCUGGGCAAUUUUCUCCCCCCUGCUGGGUAACCAGUUAGUGUAAACUGUUUUAAUGGAAGUUCUGUUUAUGUACUUCUCUAACUUUCUCUAGCAGCUCUAGUGAGUGGCAGCUGGCUGUGAUUUUCAGGAUGUACACUGUUAGUUGUGUGUGAUUCUGGGACCAGCUGAGGAGUGAGUGCAUGCAACCUUCCUUAGUCUUAACCUUAGAGCUUGGUGGCACGAAAGCAGCAUGCUUCAAAGAUGCUUUGUAUGAAACCAAUGGUGCUGGACUGGACUUUGUUGUCUGAGGUUGACAGUGCUGUCUUUGUCCAGAUGCAGCCUCCACUGGUCAUUCAGAACUUGCAUCCUUGUGAUUCUCACACAUGCGAAACUGCACUGGGCAGAAAAAAAAGCCUCAUUUUAGCAAGAGAACAGGAAAUAUAUCAACAAGGUUAUUAGGGAUCUUGAGUUAUUCUGACCUUGCUUUAUAUGAUACCAAAAAAACAACAACAACAAAAAAACCAACCCCAAAAACCAACCAACCAAAACCCAUAACAAGGGGUAGACUUGUUCAUAUUUGUGCCCUAAUUCCCCUCUCUGAAGAGGACGUGCCUUUCUUCAGCUGGUGUAACUGAUGCUGACACUAACUGCAACUUUGAUGUAUCUGAUGUAUGCUCAUACAAGUACUGCUUCAGCAAACUGCAACCCAUAGGUAGCAACUGCAGUUAACCCAAAUAUAUGUGGCUGGUAAAGCACCACUGAGUUCCUAACGUUGGUAGGCAACACCCAGUUGCCUGUCAUGCAUGAAUGUUUGCAGAAACCUGGAGACUUCUGCGUGCUUUUCUUCACCAGGUGCCGUUGUCUGGGAUGCCUGUGCACCUUUUGCACUUGCAGAAGUGCUGUUCCAGAUGUGGCUCCACCUGCAGGAGUAUUUCCAUCAGGUGACCUCAACUCACCACGUUCUGCCUUUUAGUAGUAGGCCUUUAGCGUGGGCUUGACGUGCUGGCAGCAAUUAAUCCUGUGCCUUGUAAUGCAAGAUUAUUUUCUGUAGGUAAAUUUCAGUAACUGAGUAAAUAGAGUUUAUCAUGUUUAAAAUAUAUUUAUUUAAGCCAGUGCACAUGUUUUUAUAAUGCAGGUCAGGCCUUUAUCAUCAGUCUAGUUACCCUGGUGCAAGCCCGUAACCUUUGCUUAACUCAGAUGUACUUUAACAACUUUGUGAUAUGUUUUAACUGCUCUUAAGUAGGCUUUUAAUGUCAACAACAGGCACCUCUUUUUAUUUGCAAUUUUGUACUGAAGCUACUACUGUUUUUAGAAGUUUGUACUUUUUUGACGUACUGAAAUCUCUUAGUUCUGCUAUUCGUGGCUGGGUGGCAGUCAUUGUGCAGGUGAGGAGCUCUGGUUGCACACAGCCCGUUUCUGGGGGCUCGCAGAGCAGCCGUCCUGGUGUGAACUGGAAGAGGGCACGGUGUGCUGAAAUCCUCCUGCUUAACCAAUUCAUUUCAGUGGGUUAUGUUAUUGAUGAUGCUAUUCUAGAACGCUCUGUCCCCAUCUAGAUCACUUAAUGGAAAGAUUGCACAGCAGCACUGAGGAGAUGGACACAACGGUGGUGGAACUGAGCAGAAAGUGAACUUGGAAGGACUUCAGAGACUUUUUCCGGAUUUCAGAGUACCUCAUCGGCAGUCCUUUAGGUGCCUUGCAUGUCUGUGCCUUGCCUUCCUGUUGGGAGCAAAGCUCCUGCUGGUUGACAGCUCGUUUAUUCCAGCAUCUCUUCUUCGUGAGAAUGACCUCCAGCAGCACACAGAUGCACUGAGCUUUUCCAUUCAGUGGGCAUUCUCUCCGUUUAGGAUCUUUCUUUUUUCUUCCUCCACCUCUUGGUGCAUUUUAUUGUACGUACUGCAGUGCUUCAGUCUACAAUCCAUUCCCUCAGCUCCUCAGGCAUUAUUUUUCCUGUGGACAGGUGACAACCACAUCUCUCACAAUCACACGGCUGCGCCCUGUCGGCAGCAGGUCGGGAUACCCCAAAUUGAGUUUCCCACACCAUUCAAGAUUUGUGUUUAAUUCCUGGAAACGCGCUCUGAAUGCCAUCGCUCACCAAGAGGCUUUGUGUCAGAAGACCAAUUUUAAUCUUUCAGCUCGCAAACCAUUCCUUUAACACUCAGCAUCCUUGCAGUACAGCUGUGGCCGUGCACGCCGCCUCCAGCAGCUCAGCAGUCGCGCUGUUCUGAGGGCGUUCGGAUGGAGAAGUGCUUUCUUGGUUUACAGCCGUAGCUAUUUGUGGGAUUUAUACUAGAGCAGCCUCACCGCUUGAGUGCUAACCCCGCUCUGCGGGACCCCGGUGCUGCGCUGGGUUCGCCUGGAGGCGCGGGCGCUGCGGGCUGGCCGUGCCCCGGCCCCGCGCCUCUGCGUCUGGUACUGAUACAUACACUGGCGACUUGAUUUUAUACUAUAAAAGGAUUUGUAUUACAGCUAACAGUUUUUAAAGAUUUUUCGUUUUUAAAUUAUGCAAAAAAAAAUUAAAUGGUAAUAAAAACCUUCCUCGUC